UGAACAUGUGAUUUGGUCAAGAAUAUGGCGUAAACGAAAACACCGAGCGCCGAAGGAAGCAUUUAAACUGGUUUCUAUCAUCGUUUGUACUUUGUAACAAUGGAAGUUGUUACGACCUAACGGUAAAAAGUCAUCUUACUGCUUGCGAUAAAUUCAGGAUAACUAUCACUGAUAACCUACUGUACAAAAAUAAGGAAUAGGAUUAGCCUAAUCUUCAAAAAUGGCGGCAGCUGGUAUCCAGAGUAUGGUGGAAACACUUCCAGUGGAGCCAACUAUACAAAUAAAGUUGCAAAUGCCACGUCCUCCAAAAGGUGUUCCUGGAGCAGGCCCCAGCAAAAUGAGGAAUAGACUGAGACUUGACCCUUCAAGGGCUUUGGAACCAGCCAGGAAAAAGAUUGCCACAAUUGAGGCACAAAGAGUAAUGUCGGUAUUUGAAGACACCAUCCACAGGAUUGAAAUGGUCAGUAUACUGCCGUUCUUAUUGAAUAGCAUUGACCGAUUCCGUGUCAGUUUGGGGGCUGAGCUAGCAGGGCAUUUGGAAAACCAUCAAGUAAUUCAGGAAAGUUAUCAAGAAAUUAAACAGCAGCUUGAUAUUCAAAUAAGACAAAAUCGCAAACAGAAAGUUGUAACUCGUCCAAGUACAGGGGGUUCCUAUAUGAGCGAGGGAAGAGCUGACAGUCAGUACAGUGGAGAUGAUACUACUGCUCCAACGAUGCCAACAGAGGAAAGUGAGAUGAAGGUUGACAAGGGCAUGGAUGUAUUUGACGAGGCAGAAGAGGAUGCACAGAGUGAUCGUCAGUCCAGCUCUCGACAAAGUGAUGUUUCAAACAUCAGUGCGGCUAGCUUUAACAGCACGAUUGGUAGAACCAUGAGAAAUUUGAACUUGGUUGCUCAACAGCUGAGUACAUCUUGUAAAAAUAUCAUUCGAUGCUUUCAACUCAAUACUGCAGCAAUGAAGACCAUUAUGAACCAGGCAAGGCAUCAGAUUCCUAGUAGCAAUCAGUCAUUGAUUCAGUAUUUAAAUGAACUUAAAGAGAUACUUCUGAAUAAACUACUUACAACUCCAGAAGAAGAGAGCGAAAGAAUGGAUUACAUCCAAGAAAUUUCUUUGAGAGAGAGAAACAAUGCUGCUAUCAUUGAAAAAUUGGAAGAAGAAUUGAGGGCUGCUAUGGCAGAUAAGGACGAAGAGAUCAAAAAGAAAAAUGAUGUCAUCAGAAGAAUCCAAGCCGAUCUGCGCCAGAUAGAGAAAUUCUCUGAAGAGAACAUGAAACGAGUCCAAACAGAAGCUGAGAAACAGGAAGCUUCUGACAUCAAGACAAGUGAUGGAAAGAAACAGAGGCUACUUCAGGAGCUGCAGCAACUGAAGACCCAGAAUCAGAAUAUGAUUACGGAGCACAGAGAAAGCGAACAGGAUUUGAGAAGAAAAAAGUUCAGAGUGGAGUCCCAAGUGGAAAACUUGAUACAAAAGUUUGAUGCUGAUAUGACCGAGAGACAGAACGAGUAUGAAGAGAUUGAUGCUGAGUAUACAAAGGAAAAGAAACAGCUACAUGAGUUGGAGGAACGGUUUAAGACUCUAGAGGAUGAGUACCAACAGAUAAUGGAGGAACGACGUGUAGCUCGUGAGAAACGUGAGGCUGCAGAGCGUGACAUGUCCAACAUGGUGAAGGCUGCCACCACCAUUCAGGCAUUCUGGAGGUCAUUCAAGGUCAGAAAGGCGCUCAAAGGACGCAAGAAGAAGGGUGGCGGUGGAAAGAAAAAGAAAUAGACACCUAGAGAUGAAAUCAGAUUUGAUGAUAAGAUUUGAUGAUGAGUUAAAUUGAAAAAUGUAAACACCUAAAUCAAGUUAUAUGUUUGAUGACAAAAAUAUUCAUUAAAUCAGGUUUAUACCCAAUGUCAGGAAUUAACAGUAAAAAUAAAAUAGAAAACUGAGUUUGUCAACUUCACUGGAGCACUAUAAAAUAUGCCGUUUGAUAUAAAUGAGGUAGGGUCAUGGAACAUUUCCUAUGGAAUAAGAACUUCCACCUUCAAGAACAUUAAUUAUGUAUGACGCACCCAUCUCCAAAUAGUGUUGAUAUCUUACUUUUCACAAAAAAAUCAUACAUCAGUAUUAACAUUUAAUAGUUGCAUUGUCCAGAUUUGCAGUUUACAAUUUUUCAUCUUUAAUGAAAUCCCGAAGGAUUUCUUUCCAGUUCAAAGUAUAUUAUAUAAUAUAAUAGUGUGAUGUUUUGUGUUUCUAAAAUGUGACAGCCAUCCUCAGACACAAGAUCUCUAUAGGACCACUGGAUGUUAACAUCAAAAUUUUUGAGUCCUAUAUUCUUUUUUAUAUUGUUUUAAUGUCAUCACUUUUAUCAAAUGUUCACUAGUACAGAAAUUUGUAUGCAACAUUUUAAAACAAUGAUGAUUAUUUUGUUCAGUCUAAGCUAUGGAAUAUACCUAAUAAUGUGUGUUUGUUUGACAUCCCUAAUGUGUGUGUGCUAUACAACAGCCAUCACCAUUUCCAAAACCAGAGUAAGCGGUACUAUUCUGUCAGACCUACCAUUGUAUACAUUUAUAUUGUACAUACACAAAGGAUACAGGAGAACAGGACCUGUUUCAAUAGGAACACUAGUGGAUAAGCUAUGGUUGUUCUUGUUUUCAUUGACUGUGAUAAUCUUAUUUGUUAUGAUUUUUGUAAAUAUUUAUUAGAGAUAUAUGUAUAAACAUAUCAUAGACUUAGGAUUAGUUAAUUGAUAUCUUGAAAGCAGAAUAUAAUUAUAUGGUAUAAUGUUAUAUAAUUCAAAAAUAUGUACAAGAUUAACUUAAAUUUGUUGCCUUGAACUAGAAGAUAAGUUUGCCCAAUGUUCCACAUGUUAUUUCUAUUACUGUCCAUUGCCAUGGAAUUCUUUACAGUUUUAACAGAAUGUUCCACCCGAGUACCAAGAUUUAUGACAUUCUUAAUAUGAUGUCCAUCCGUCCAAAAUGUGUGCUCUCAAUAAACAUAAAAUUCUAUUACA